AUGGACACGGAUAGCGGCGGCACCAACGGUUACCGCUAUAACGUGGCGGUAGAGCACUUCAGAGCAAGAGAGUACCCUAUGCUACAGGACUCUGUGUACCUCGACCAUGCCGGCACAACGUUAUGCUCCAAGUCCUUGAUGGACGCUUUCACAUCCUCAAUGAUGGAAACGAUAUAUGGCAACCCCCACUCUGCCUCCCCAUCCUCUCAGAACUCAACCUCCCGAAUCGAAGAUGCUCGCAUGAAUUUGUUAAACUUCUUCGGAGCGGACCCAGCAGAGUACGAUGUGGUGUUUGUUGCCAAUGCCACCGCUGGUGUGAAACUGGUAGUUGACGCCAUGAGAACUCUGCCCCAAGGCUUCCUUUAUGCCUACCAUGAGGCUUGUCAUACCAGCUUAGUCGGGGCUCGAGAGGAAGCUAUCGACAGUUCAUUGAUCGAUGAUGAAAACCUUCAAUCUUGGUUAAAGGGGAACUCUCCCUUCAUGGAUACCACCUACGCUUCACCACCCUCGACACUCUUCUCAUAUUCGGCUCAGUCUCACAUGGAUGGGAAAAGAUACCCUUUAACAUGGAGUAGAGAUCUAAGAGAGGCUAAUCGAAAUCCAAAAUCUCGCCUACUCACACUGUUGGACGCAUCCUCGUUUGCCGCCACCUCCCGUCUCGAUCUAAGCGAUCCUACCAUUACACCCGACUUCAUUGUCGUCAGUCUAUACAAAAUAUUUGGAUUUCCCGACCUUGGUGCUUUGCUUGUUCGGCGGUCUGCGGAAUGGGUAUUUGAUCACCGAAAGUAUUUCGGCGGCGGUACUGUCGACAUGGUUGUGUGCGGAAAGGAGAAAUGGCAUGCACCAAAGUCACAUUCUCUCCACGAACGAUUGGAGGACGGCACGCUUCCUUUUCAUAGCAUAAUUGCUCUCGAUAUUGCUAUGGAAGUACACGAGCGACUGUUUGGUACCAUGGACGAAAUCAAAUCCCAUACCUCGUACCUCAGCCGGCGACUGUUAAGGGAACUGAGCGAGUUACGCCACGCUAAUGGCGAGCCCGUCUGCGCCCUCUAUACCAAGGCCUCUUCUGGAGUCGAAUCAUUAGGAACUGGCCCUGUUGUUUCCUUUAAUCUAAGGAAUAGCCGUGGUGCCUGGGUUAGCCUGACUGAAUUCGAGAAGCUUGCAAAUCUGAAAAAGAUGCACAUUCGAACAGGCGGAUUAUGCAGCCCGGGGGGUAUUGCUUCAGCUCUUGGUUUACAACCUUGGGAGAUGAAGAAAAACUUUUCUGCAGGCUUCAGAUGCGGAGCGGACAACGAUAUCAUGUCAGGUAAACCCACGGGCGUCAUUCGGGCAAGCUUGGGUGCUAUGAGUACCAAGGCAGAUGUAGAUCGCUUCGUCGACUUCAUCAAAGAGUUUUAUCUGGAAACCACGUUACCGACGAUCGAACCUAUCAUCAGCACUACGAGUCCAACAGCUAUAUCCGAGUUCCCUCGGCUCCAGGUGAAAACCAUCACCAUAUACCCAAUCAAGAGUUGCGCUGGCUUUUCGAUCCCACCUCGAGUUUCUUGGGAGAUUCGACCUGAAGGAUUGGCCUGGGAUCGCGAAUGGUGCUUAGUACACCACGGUUCCGGACACGCGCUUAACCAGAAAAGAUGUCCCAGAAUGGCUCUGUUACGACCACGCAUUGACUUCGACAAGGGAGAAUUGGUGGUAUCAUAUCAUGGGAAGCGGCGUGACAACCAGCCGCAUCAAAUUUCUAUACCUUUAUCGGCCGAUCCCUCAGUCAUCGACUCAACACUCGACCGACAACGAUCAAGACCCAGCAGGAUUCGGACUCUUCCAGGGGCAUUUCCGGACGUUCCGUCGCCACCCGACUCUGACUCGGAACAGAAGAAGCCAGCAAAGAUCCUACUCUCGAACGAGAGCCCCAUUCUUAUGAUACACAGCUCAAGUGUGGAUGAGCUGAAUAGGGAAAUCAUGAACAGAGGUGGCAGCCCUGUCGAAGAGCGAGCAUUCCGGGCCAAUAUUGUUCUGGAACAUGCUCCUGGCACAAAGGCUUAUACAGCCUUUGCCGAAGAUGACUGGGGCUCUGUACACAUUGGGCGCCAAAACUUUAAGCUCUUGGGUGCGUGUCACAGAUGCCAGAUGGUCUGCAUUGAUCAAGAGACAGGUGAGAAGAGGGAAGAGCCGUUUGUCACGUUAGCGAAGACAAGGCGUUUCGAUGGCAAGGUCUACUUUGGGGUUCAUAUGCGGCAUGACUCUUUUGCUCAGGGUGACUGCACUACGAAGGAGACGCAGUACCCUACGAUUGAAGUUGGAGAUUCUGUGUCGGUGGAGCCGAGAGACUAG